GAUUAAAUCCAAAUCGAAAACACAGAGCACCGAAAUACUCACAGAAGGAGAGGAUUAAAGCAUGUCGUCACCGGCGAACGAUCCAAGGCAACCGUCAACGGCAAAGCCGUACAAGCCAGCGGCGGUAGCUCCACAAGAUCUUCCUAUAGAUUACUCCGGUUUUAUAGCCGUGGUGUUUGGUGUCUUCGGUGCCAUGUUCAGAUAUAAGAUUUGCUCGUGGCUUGCAAUAAUAUUCAGCGCUCAGUCACUUGCUAACAUGAGGAACUUUGAAACUGAUCUUAAGCAGAUCUCCAUGGCAAUGAUGUUUGGAAUUAUGGGUCUUGUGACUAACUACAUGGGUGUUGGGCCUCGGUCAGGCAAGAAAACUUGAUUGAAAUUGUAUUAAGGCACUUGCCCUUGUUUUUGAGGAUAUUAGAAAUGUUGAACUCGAGUAUGAUGCUCUAGGGCCUUAGGGAUUUGUACUGUUGUUUUUAUGAUUAUGAGAAUAUUUGAAUAUGCAAGCUUUUUGUAGAUUUAAGCUCCUGUAUGGGGCUAUCAUGUACUAAAGCUGAUAAACAUAUGCAAAUUAAAUUGAAUAACUUAGAAGACAAUUAAAUGUAUUCAA